AUGAGUUUUCAUUACGGACAGGGUUAUCCCGGAGGCAACGAUCCUCCCGGUGCUCCUCCACACAGUGGUCCCUACGCGCCCCCUCCGCCUCAUGCUCCGUACGGAGGUGCACAGCCCCCCGGGGCACCCUAUGGAGGGAGUUACGGUGUCCCGGGACAUGGGGGUCAUUAUGGGCACGGGCAUGCUCCCGGGGGACCCUACAGUGGGUAUGGGGGGCAACCUCAGGGCGGACAUUAUGGACACCACGCACCACAAGCUAACGUGCCUCAUGGCGUGAACCCUGAAGCUUACCAAUGGUUCCACAGUGUAGACUCCGACCGCAGCGGCUAUAUCAACAUGAAAGAAAUGAAGCAGGCGCUGGUCAACUCCAACUGGUCUGCCUUCAAUGAUGAGACCUGCCUGAUGAUGAUCAACAUGUUUGACAAGACAAAAACGGGGCGCAUCGACAUGUUUGGAUUCUCUGCACUGUGGGAGUUCAUGCAGCGCUGGAGAGCUCUGUUUCAGCAGUACGACAGGGACCGCUCAGGCUGCAUCAGCGGCACAGAGCUGCACCAAGCUCUUGCGCAGAUGGGCUACAACCUGAGCCCGCAGUUUACCGAGACGCUGGUGCAACGCUUCAGUGUGAGGAGUGCGCGGCCCGGGAUUCAGCUGGACCGCUUCAUCCAGGUCUGCACCCAGCUCCAGAGCAUGACCGAGGUGUUCCGGGAGAGGGACACCAGCCGCUCUGGCAACAUCCGCAUGAACUAUGAGGACUUCCUAAGCAGCGCCGUAACGAGGCUCAUGCUGACGUUCCCCCUUUGGCCGGCAGGUGGUGCUAUAGACGAAGAGGCGCUACUUCUUUCUGCGGCAUUGACCAAUCACAAGAGAGCGCGGAAGUGGCAGCUCUGCUAUCAGCGUGCUUCUGGUAAAGGUGCCUUUUUCAUCGAUCAGACAGAAUAUCUUGAGUGA